AUGGUAAACGAGACAUAUUUUACGGUAUGGCAUAUUGUUUAUGCUACAGUUAUGAUUCCGACGGUGUUUGGGAAUGGGCUUAUAUUGUACAGCGUUGCCAAAUUUCCAAGACUGCGAAGCAAUAUUCAUAUUCUUAUUGCAAAUUUGGCAUUCUCGGAUUUAAUCGUAGGUGCAGUUUUGAUACCAACAGAUAUGCUAUCAGAUAUUUUCGGAUGGAAAAGUAAAAAAUACGUUUGUUUGGCUUGUCUAGGAUUUUUUGUCCUAAGUUUAGGAUCGUCUUGUUUCAGUUUACUUUUGGUAUCAGUAGAAAGAUAUAUAGUUAUUUGCUUUCCCUUUCGUGCAAGAACGUUGCUAACGAAACCAAAGAUGGUAUUUAUGAUAUCGUUUGGCUGGGUACUUGUAGCAGUCAAUAGCACGUUACCAUUUUAUGGUGUGAAUACUUUUACAAACUCGUCUGCUGAAUGUGUUCGUAAUGUAGUAUGGCCCGAGGCCUAUCAACUUUACUGCGAUUGGAUUCUUAUCUGCGGAUUAAUUGUGACUUUUACGUUUUAUAUGAUUGUUGUACGCAUUGCUCUUAAAAAAGCACGCAUGAGAAAUAGUAUCGGAGGAAAAACAGAAUAUAACGUUCAUACUAAGGCUCAAACAGACUUACACCACGUAAUCACUAUGGUCAUUGUAUUAGGGACAUUCGUGAUAUGUUGGUUACCCUACGUUAUACUGAGUUUCAUCGUCACAUUUUGGGACACGCCCACCUUUCAAUUUGUGAAACGAUGUACACUGAUACCUGGUCUGUUUAAUUCCGCAAUAAACUGGCUAAUUUAUGGAUAUAGAAACAAUGAAUUGAGGAAAGCGUUUAGGACUAUAUUAAAAUGUAAAUUCUGUAACAAAGACAGUAACCGACCUACUUCGAAUGCAGCAGCCAUCUAUACAUCCGGUAAUUCGGUCUUUUGAGUCGUUGCCAGCGGCCAUCUAUACAUCAGGUAAUACGGUCUUUUGAGUCGUUGCCAGCGGCCAUCUAUACAUUCGAUAAUACGGUC